AUGCUACUGCUGCUGAUGCGGCUGCUGCUGAGUGGUGGGACUCGACAAGGCUCUGUCAUGGGGCCGCCGGUACAAAGUGGUAGUGAUGAUGAAGAGCUCGAGCUCUUUGUAGGCAGUGGGAGAACUCUGCAUGGCUCUGACAAUGGGCCACCGGUACAGAUUGGCAAAGUUGAGGAUGCAGCCGUUGCCGCCUCCGUUAUCGUUUGUAUGGGAGUUGAGGUAGAUGAUGUCGGUAGUGAUGAGACAAGGCAAGGUCCCGUCAUUAGGCCGCCUGUGCAUAUAGACAACGGUGUGGUAGUCACCGCACAGGACCCCGUGGUCGCACCUGACGUACAUGAAGGAGGAAGAGAAGUCCUCAACGCAUCAGUUGCAGAUGUUUCUCUGUCCAAUGCUGUUGAACUUGUGUUGGAAGCACUGGCAUUAGACGAGCGAGAUGUGCUGAUUGCAUUUAUCAACGAGGUCUCGAUCGGUAGGGCGGUGCUGUCAAUGCAAGAUCCCGAUAUGAUUCCUCCCGCGCAAGCCGCGAGAGAUGUCAUUGAGGUAGCCGUCGUAUUCGGAGUGGCUGUCAAGCUCAUAUUCGCUGUGGUGGCAGGACAGGAUCUCAACUCAGUGCCAGUGGCAUCCUUGAAGCACUUGUGCCAUGAACUGGUCCAAAAACCGAUGGUACUCGUCCAUCCCCCGCCAUCUCCGCUGGCUGUUGAAGAAGGAACAUCGACUACAGCGGGCGUAGCUACAGACACGCUUCCCAGGCAUUGA